AUGGACAAUGCCAAUGGAGAAACUGUAUCUCGCCCUACUAGUGUUGCUAGCAUCCGUCUCGAAGCCUCGAAAGAAAAGUUGAUCAAUGCAUCCGCUGUCAACUCGAAUAACCCCGUAUCCUCGAGCCUUGAUUCCGCAGGCGCUACAGGCGCUGCAACCGUUGCUAGAGGUGACGAUAUGGGAGCCAUCAAAAACAAAAGCGACUUGGUGUCGCCAUCCGAGAACGAAAUCACAGUUUCACCCAUCCAGGAAACUCCUCCAGUAAUGGCAAAGAAUUUGGAGAUCAGUCCUCAUGAACUAGUGAGAGGUAGUGCGCACGCAAUUGGGCAACAAUUCACUCUAUUUCCUAAGCUGUCAGUGGAACUUCGAUGCAUAAUCUGGAAACUCGCUCUUCCCGGCACAAGAUUCGUAACUAUUCGGAAAACAAAAUGUCUCGGCGAUGGGGUCGAACCAUACUGGGAGCCUGUCUGUGCAGAAAAAGCUCCAAGCCUACUCUUUGUCUGUCGGGAAGCCCGAGCCGAAGCCCUCAAGACGUAUGUUCCAAUCAAAGGGACCGUACCGGAAUCGAGUGCGAUAUAUUGCGAUUUCAACAGAGAUUACGUCUGCUUUGACAACUAUAUACUCUGUGGUUGCAAGUGCCGUGCAGAGGAACAUAUGUCCGUUAUACUCGAGCAGCUGGUCGCUCAAAUAAAGAGCGGACGGCUUUGCUACGUGGCGAUGUCAAUAUUCAACGUCACGUACUUACGCGAUUACCAUCAACCUACGUCCUACAUAUUUCAAUACCUAAAGGAGCUAACAGUGGGCCUUCCAUCCCAGCACCUUGAACCACACCUCGAAGGGGAUAUUACCGCAAUUAAACGGAUCCUAGUAGAUGUGGAAUUACUAGCGCCAGUGACUAAAAAUGUGCUGAGAGAGAUAGAACUUACGUGGCCGGCCAUCAUGAAGGUUGGCCCGGCGUGGAAGCCACCUCGAGUGUCGCUGGGUGUGUUUGGUUUCGGAUGCCCUCCGAAAUUUCCUAACGUCUUCUACAACAGAUAUGGGCAAAGGCUUAUGUAA